AUGGCGGAAGAGCAGCAUCUAUCUCGAAUAGCGCAGUCCUCUCCGCGCGGGGGCGUCUCGGCUCGCUCCUCCGUCACCUACUCGGGGCGGCAGGUGCCUCUAGUCGACUUGGCCUUCCAGGGAGGCGACGUCAGUGAGCCCCCCGUCAAAAUGCCGUCGUCCCGGGCGCGAUUCCAGCAGGAGGACGAGUACGUGGCUCCAAGUACCAGUCGAGUGGCUAGUGGAGAGGGCAUCCCAGUCUCCGCAUUACCUCGAGCUGCUGCCUCUUGGCACGCAGGCAACGGCAGUGCAGCAAGUUACAAGUCUUUACCCCUGGCACAGGACGAGUCUGCGAUGAUGGAGGCUUCGGACCCCGCACUCUUCCACGCGGCUGUGGAGGAACAUGCACGGCGACUGGGGAUCGAGCCUACGGUUGAUGGGGAGUUCCUGUGGAUCGCAAGAGAGUCACUCGUGGCCCCACUACCCGACGGCUGGUACCAUGUUACAGCAACCGAAACGGGACAGCCGUACUACUACAACGAGAUCUCUGGGGAGAGUCGAUGGGACCAUCCAAGCGACGACCAGUUCCGACAGCUCUUCAGGGAGAUGAAGCAGAAGCAGAUGAAGGCUCACGCGUUUCGAGAUCCACAUCCAGCCAGGUAUUACGAUGCAGGGGGUGGUUAUCAGAGCGGAGUGGCGUGGCAGGAGAACGAGCAGGAUCAUCGCCAAAUGCAGUACGCAGCGCAGUCACAACAAGGCUGGGAUCGACGACAAGCGCAAGGCUACUAUCAAGGCUACGAGACGCCGUAUAAAGCCCCUCAAGCUCAAGUGUAUUCCCCGAGGGGAGAUGAAGGAGAUAGGAAUUACCCUGUUGCUGACUCAGAGAGUACGCCCGUGUCGACCGGAAGACAGCAGAACGGCACCCCUAGAGGUGACAGUCAGCUAGCUAGAAAGCUGCAGGAGAUGGAGGAACAGAAGACGAAAGACGAGGAGGUUAUCACGGGGAUGAAGACGGAAGUUGCUGACCUGAAGAGACAACUGGCGAGUCGAGACCAAGCGCUGGAAGCUCUGAAGAGCGAAGUUGGUCAGGUUAAUGAGAAUCUGGGCGAUUUGACGCAGCAAAUGGAGGAGCGCACGAAGGAGCGUGAUGAAAUAGUCGUGGCAAACCAAACACUCAAGAGGGAGCUGUCGCUGGCUCGGUCAGGGAUGGAAGGGAGCACCAAAGCGCAUGAAGAGCUAUUGGAGGAGCAUCAGGCAGUGAUAAAAGAGCUGUCUCUCGCAAAGGCGAAGCUGAAGGAGGUGCAGUUGAAGCAACGCGGGGAGGCAGAGGACGUUGAGAGCUUGCAAGCUCAACUUUCAGGCGAACAGACUGCAAGAGCUCAGAUGGAGCAACAACUGGAGCAAGCUACGAAGGAGCAGUCAGCAAUGGCCAGGAAGUUUGAGGCAGCGCAAGCUACGAUUCGGAGAUUACAAGAAGAUCUGAGUAGAAAGCGUGAGACGGAGGAGAAGGAGAACGGAGAGGCUGUUGCCGCCGCCGCAGAAGCAGCCGCAACUGCCGCUGCGACGAUCAAGGCUAUUGGCGAUCAACUGGCUGAUAAGGAGCGAGAGUUAGAGGCAGAGCGAGCUCGAGCCUUCUCCUUACAGCAAGAAAUUGAGCAGCUCCGAUCAAGCCAAGCAGAAGCCAAGGACACACUUGAGCAGGAUCUGCAGAAACAACUCGGCGACUCGGUGGCUGAAACACGGAAGGAGCUCGAAGCUGCGAAGGUCAGCUUGACGUCUACGAUGGCGGAGAAAGUGGCAGUGGGGAAGCAGUUCGAAGAGUACAAGAUCACAAGUGCCGCGCAGAUCAGCGAGCUGGAGGAUCAGCAGCGCACGCUCAAGCGUGAGUUUCGCGCCAUGGAACGCGAGUUCAAGACGCAGCAAGGCUUGUCAAAGGAGAGGGAGGAUGAGCUCGCGUCACUGAAGUUAGCGCUGGAAAGCGCCGAGACGAAGCUCUCCUCCGUAGCGCAGACUAUCCAGAGGGAACGCAUGGAAGCCUUUGCAGAGGCACAACAGGCGAGCGCCGAGAUCGCCCGCCAAGCAAACGAAGAAAAGGCUCGCGUAGCGGACCUCUACACUCAGGAGAUGCUGGCCCGACGGAAGCUGCACAAUCGACUGAUGGAGCUACAGGGCAACAUUCGUGUCUUCUGUCGCGUUCGACCGAUCCAGCCCGUUGAGCUCAAGAGCGAGCAGUCCGCACUAGCUGUCUUCUUCCGUGAAAACGACCACGAAAGCCUCGAUCUCUUCGUUGGCAGUGAGGCUGGUGAUAAGGCCAACCAGAUCGGGCAGAAGCACGCGUUCGAGUUCGACCACGUCUUCCAGCCCAACAGUACACAAGAGCAAGUGUUCGAGCAGACGCGUGCUCUGGUGGUGAGUGCGCUCGACGGCUUCAACGUCUGCAUCUUCGCGUACGGUCAAACGGGAUCGGGUAAGACGCACACAAUGGAGGGACCAGAGAACGACCGCGGCGUGAACUUCCGUGCGCUGCGUGAGCUCUUCUCAAUCCGCGACGACCGCAUGGCAGCCGGGAACUUUGAGUGCUCCCUGAAGCUGAGCAUUCUGGAGGUGUACAACGAGACCAUCGUGGACUUAUUAGAAGGUGGUGGCCGUGCCCCGGGGGCAGCGUCUCCAGCUGCGGUUAAAGGCUUGGACGUGCGGGUGGGCAAGACUGGCGUGUACGUUGAGAACCUGAUUGAGGUCGAAGUGUUCAACGAGGGCGACGUGCUUGAUCUCAUGCGCUUGGGCCACUCGCAUCGCAGUGUGGGCUCGCACGACUUCAACGAGCACUCGAGUCGCUCUCAUCUCGUGCUGUCCAUUACCCUAGAGACCGGCAUGAAGACCGACGCUCGGAGACGGACUUCCAAGCUGCAUCUCAUCGAUUUGGCCGGAUCCGAGCGUGUCAGCAAGACUGCAGCCAGCGGCCAGCGACUAAAGGAGGCGCAGAAUAUCAACCGCUCGCUGUCAGCGCUGGGUGACGUGAUCGCUGCGCUUGGUGCGAACAGCAAACACGUGCCGUAUCGCAACUCCAAGCUCACAUUCUUGCUGCAAGACUCGCUGAGUGGCAACUCGAAGGUGCUCAUGUUCGUGAACGUGAGCCCUGUGCAAUGGAACGCGUGGGAGACGCUGUGCUCGCUCAACUUUGCGUCGCGGUGCCGCAGUGUGGCUUUGGGCCAAGCCAAGGCUGCAACUGCUACUGCUUCAGGAGCUCCGACUCAAGGCAACGGGAUGCAAGCGACCAUGAGUAUGAGCGCGAUGAUCCCCAGCAGCAAUGGAGGCACGCGUGCACCAGGCACGAGACCCGUACCGAGUCGGUGA